AUGUCCCACGAAACAAAACCAGUGAAUGGCACAAAGCGCUUCAAUGAUCAGGAUCUUACUGUAAUUGAGAAGUCAGACGCAGAACAAGAGGAAUUCCACAGAAUCGCCCAAGCAAAUAGCAAUUUCUCCAAAGAAGAGCUGUCAGCCUUACGGAUUCAGAGUGCGGAUGAUUUUGAGAAAUUCUUCGGCUCGACCCUAGCUGCCAAAGGCAAAUUUGAAGCAAGUCACCGUCAUGGAACUGGGCGUGCCGGAAGGGCCAUUCAAAAUUCGGGGGCUUCCGCGUAUGAGAUCCUGCAAAACAUGGAACCUAUCGUGGAAAUCGUGAAAACAUUUGCAGCGCCCUAUGGCGGCAUUGCCAUUGGGACGAUUUCCUUUCUAGUCACAGUUGCCAGUUAUAGGGCUCGGACCGAGCAGCUGAUCUGGGAUACGCUGCUUCAAAUCCGAGAUAGGGCUGUUGGACUGAAACUCUUUCGUGACAUCUACCAUGAUAAUCAUGAGCUUGACGAACACCUACAAUCGAAAAUUGUUCAAGCCUAUAACUGUUUUAUUAGCUUUUGUAUGGAAGCUGGGAAAUACUAUACGAAGAAAGGAUUAAGACGGUGGGCCAAAGCGGCAUACGGUGCAACAGCUUUAGAUGACUAUGCAUCGAAAGUUCAAGAUGCCAUCCUUGAGGUUCGGUACACGAGCGAGGAGCUCCUCAUGAAAAAUGUAGAUACUAUCAAAAAAUUAAAUAUUGCUGAUGCGUCAUAUUCAGAGUUGCAGGAAAGCCAUGACAACAACAAGCUCGAUGAGAUUCAAAAGCUGCUGGAGCUCUCAACCUAUUCCAAAGAGUCUGAGCUCGAUCGGUUGCGAACGUACCAGACGGACAUCAACUGGAGUUUUGAUUACGACUGGCCCACUACAUUGCAGCGAAUACAGGGACAUCAACUUGCAAAUUUCCAAAACGAAAAAGAGUUUUAUACGUGGCGGCACUCUAAUCAGUCGUCGAUGCUCAUUUUGGUGGGAUAUAACAAUGAGCAAGUCUGUCUGUCCCCAGACUGUUGGCUGUCGCCUGUUGCACUCGAUAUGAUUACAAGUCUUAGCAAAGCUGAAGAAUCUAAUCCUUGCGCCUUCUAUCUCGUUGGACGUCAUGAAUCGCGCCUUUCGACUCAGGUUCUAGCCUCCAUUCUGAUCCAGCUAUUGAGGCAAAACAGUCAGGUGCUUCGGGACCAAAACAAGUACAAUGAGCUGUAUGCGGCAGUCAGAAAAUACAACCAGGCAGUCACCCUCCAAGUUGAGAACGGCAGGCAGAAAAGUGGUAGAAAGGCCAAUAAACUGCUGCAAGACGUGGCCCUUCAUGUUCUGAAUCUAUUCGACCCGCAUCAUACAAUAUGGAUUAUUCUCGAUCGCGUGGAUCAGUGCAGGUCGGAACGGGAAACAUAUCAUCGAAAAUCGCUGAUGAAGACAUUGGUCUAUUUGGUUGAGAAGGUAGAGGUCCGAGUGAAGGUGCUGGCCGUCGUUAACGGGUACGACUGGAAAUUGGAUGAGCAGGAUGACGAACUUGAGUGCUCUAAUCCUUCGAGGGUGGUGUUUCGCACGGUUCACCAACAGGAAACUGAUAGCUAG